GCUGGGCGCAGGACAUCGAUCGUCGCUCACACCCGGCGGGCGCCCGGCGGCGGCCGGAGCCUGCCCUCGGCGCUGCGUCCGCGCUGCCUUCUCGGCGUCUGUCCCGCCACCCCGUCCCUCUGCCUCCAUGACCCGCAGUAGGAAGCAGGCGGCACUGGAGAGAGGAGCCGGGAAGAUGAACCCAGAGGCGGGGAGCGCCGCGGCGGCAGCCGCGGGAGCCCGGGCGGCGGCGGCAGGGGCAGCUGGCGGCGAAACGGCGGCCGCCGCCUGGGGGCUGGAGGGGGAAGGGGAGAAAGUUGUGUACUCGCGCUCGCAGGUCUCCUUCGCUGGCACCAAGGCACUGGGCGACGCCCUCAAGCUCUUCAUGCCCAAGUCCACUGAGUUUAUGAGCUCGGACUCGGAGCUGUGGAACUUCCUCUGCAGCCUCAAGCACGAGUUCUCCCCGGUCAUCCUCCGCAGCAAGGACGUCUACGGAUACUCCUCCUGCCGUGCCGUCGUCCCCGACCUGCCACCGCCCUCGGAGCGGCCCCGCCGCCGCGCCGGCAAGCGGCGCCUCCCGGCCGCCGACGCCAAGCGCCGGGCCGGGGCGGCGGGCGGCAGCGCCAAGCGGCGGCGGCGGCGGCGGCGCCGCAGGAGGGAGCGGGGCAGGCAGCGCUCGGCGGUCGGCGGCCCCCGCGCAGCGGGGCAGGAGGAGGAGGCGGAGGCGCCGGAGCCGCCGGGCGAGCAGGCGGACAGGGAGCGGAGCAGCCCGGCGGCGGCCGCCUGGGAGCCGUUCGGCGGCAGAUCGCUGGAGGAGAUUUGGAAGGCGGCCACCCCCCGCCUCACCACGUUCCCCACCAUCCGUGUGCGGGGCAGCGUGUGGAGCCGGCGGAGCCUGGCGGCGGCGCGGCGGCGAGCGCAGCGGAUCCUCGGCGUGGACCUGUCCCCCGUGGUGCGGGUGCGCCGCUUCCCCGUGGCGCCGUCCUGAGCCCGCGGGGGCCCCGCUCCCCGCGCCUCACCUGGGCCGCGGUGCGGACAAAGAGACCGGUAUCAGUCACCUGUUUACAUUGCUUUUGUCUGGAUCGUGUUCUGCUGCAGCACUUUAUGGCCCGCUCGGGCGGCGCCGGGCCCCCCGCCGUAUGGGGGGCGGCCUGCCGGGCCCCGGCCUCGCCCCGGUCUGGGACCGUCUGGCAGGUAUCACGCAUAGGGACCAAGUUCCACUUCCACUUUUUUUCUCUCCCAUUGGGCUACCUCACUGGUCCAGAAGUCCACCCAAGAAGUUAUUUUCCAAAGGAACUUACUUUCAUGCUUGUAUAAUAAAGCACCAUCUGAAUUCUUGCUAUUUUUUUCCUUCCCCCUCCCUUCCCCAUUUCUGAUGGAUUAUGUAUGCUUUGUGGUGUUGCACUAGUAUGUGCUCAGGGUAUUUUGAAUCCCAAGCAUUCCCAAGUUUCAGUUUAUUCUGAUAAAGGAUGCGUAAAGAAUGGAGGUUCAGGACUUGUGGCUGUUCUUGAUGGUGCAAAAACUUUUUUUUAAUUAUAAUUUCAUGGGCUUAGUGAUAUAUAAAGAUGUAUUGCGCAGUAUAAUUGUUACACUUUUGUAUCUAAAGUCAUUUUUAAAGUUUUCUAGUUGAACUAAGUAUUUGUUUCUAUGGAGCACCUAAAGAUAGAAUCAUCCUGAUAUUUUAUAACCCUGUUUACUUUAGGGAAGCUCAUUUGGUCAACCUAAGUGAACUUAAUAAAAGUUAAAGAACAAGUGGCGUUUCAGUUCAAUGAAACUGCACAGCGUUGGGUUCCUGGUGAAGUACACCACCACCAAGGCGCUUUGUGUCAAUGAGCUCUGCCUUUUUGAAGAACGUAACUGCUCAUCAAAGCAAUCUGUAGGUAUCUGGAGGUGAACUAUGAUCCGAUGUUGGUGCUGACAGCCAGAAGUCGGGAGCUCGCAUGACAUAAAUAUCACACUGAAGUGCCUGGCUCUGCAAAAAGAGCAGAACUUGAUACCUGAUCACUUCAUGACAAACUAGCACUUGUUGACCUGCAGUUGGAAGAUGGUUAAUGAUGGAUAAUCAUAUUUAAUAUAAUUAUUUGCACAUAAUUAUUUUUAUAAACCUUUCACGGGUUUCGCAGUAGACCGGUGAAAAUUCAUGAUGUAGCUUGAUUAUUUUGACUGAAAAAUAACGUGUAGUCAUUCUGUGCGCUAGGCAGUCACUUUUAAACUGAUUUAUUAAAGGCUUUUUUUUUAGGUCUUA